AUGCUUACAUCAGACCUGCAGCGCCUGCAGCGCCUUUUUGCGUACUUUAAAAAGAACACCAGCAGCGUGUUGGGGGGCUGCUGCGCGCUAAUCGAGCUUAUUGAUGAGGACGAUUUGACAAAUUGGUACGUCUUGUUGAAGUACGAGGAUGAAAACAAGAAGGAGUUUUUUGUUUCACUACGCAUCUACUUUUUUGAGGAACUGCAACGUAUGCCGCUUGUCUUUGUGAUUGCCCCACGGAUCAUUGCAACCUUCAUUCAUCACGGCGCCAUAUGUUCGCUGGAGCUGAUGUCGCAGCAGUGGUCGGUGGAUGCCGAAGGAAUCGCACUUCUCAUCCGCUCUCUGCACGCCACACUGAACCCCUUUAGCCAUGACAGUAGGGUAGCGGUGGAUGAGCUCAACAGUGGAAGGGACGGUGGAAACCAACAAAACCGAUUGCUAGCAGCGGAAGGGAUAGGGGCCACUGCUGCACCUGCCGUCUCCUUAUCGGCGUACACGCGGGAAGAACAUGAGUUAGGCAUCCGACACAUUCGUCAGUCCCACCCGCAUCUUUUCCGGGCAUGCACCCGCAAAGAUAGUCAGCCGCAGCAGCAACACGGCUCACCGGCAGCAAAGUCAGUUAUGAAUAGCACGCCGUCGCCGAAUUCCAUUUCCCUCUCCACGUCGUAUGCAUACCACGGUGGAGCAGGAAAGGCGGCAACAGUGAAGGCAAUCAUUCAUUCCCAGGAAGAACUUCAAGAGCUCUUCCUUGCAGGUGGAUUGGUGGAUGCUGAGUUGGAUGUUGGGUAUCACUCUUCCUUAGAUGGAAGCCUUCGUAUUGGUGUUGACGCUCCUUCCGUGAAAUGCAAACUACCCACUGCUGGCAAUCCGAUCCUGAACUACACAAUGAAAAUAAGCCCUUAUGGCUGGGAAAAGAACGACGAAAAAUUAACAACAACAACAAUCCCAAAAAGUGGGAUUGAUAUAGCAUCCGAUACAACGCAGGCAGUCGGCGAAUGUAGUUUAACGGCUCAUCACAGUGAUGUACCUCAUAAAUGGAAAGGUGAGGACGGAAAAAAGUUUGUCAGUCGCCAGUCAUUUCUCACGCCUGCCAUUAGUGCCGAUGAUGCGGAGCAGGAAAACAAGCCGCACUAUCAUAGUAAACAUCGAGGCAAGGAAAAAGGAUCUACCUGUAUGGGGAUUGAACGAAGUAAGGAACGCAGAAAAGUUGUUUUAUUUCUCGAGGGUGAGGCCGUAAUGGACACCGGUGAUAGCAAUACUCUUUCGAAUGCACAAGAAGGCCGGAGGCCGGAGGCUCCUUGCACCAUUCCGGCGGGAUGCACACUUCGACUGGAACACCUCACGGUGUACGGUGCGAUCGUUGUGCUUGGAACUCUUGAAAUGCACGACUGCAAGUUCAUUGGCCACUUUUCCUCAGAAGGUGAGGGGCGUGUGGAAAUUUCACAGUGUCGCGUGUGCGUGGACAGUGCAGAAACGCGUCGAGAAGGGAUUCUUGUCCUUGAUGCCUCCACCUUGGAAAUACGGGAUGGUACUACAGUGCGACGCAGGGAAUACACGUUUACGGAGGGUGGGGAAUCUGUUCCUGUCUGCGCAGCUGCACCGUUUUUGUUACAGGCAUUUAUCCUGAUUUCUAACAGUGGGACGUUGCGCAUACAUGGCGGCUGCCAUAUCAUGCCAUAUGGCACUGAAAAGACAAUAUUUGCAGAACAAGAUGCCUCCGUAGAUAUUGCCGACUGCAGUAUUAUGGCAGGAUACAGCAGCGCGGUUAGUAUACUUGGUUGUCAUGCCUUUUUUUCCAACACUCGUUUUUAUGGUGCAGAUUGCGUGGAGUUGCAAGUCUCAGAUUUGAAUCGUCCAACGGGGCUUAAUGUUGAGUUGGGAGGCCUUGUCACCGCCCGUCAUUGCGUGGCGGAGUACCUGUACUUUGGGUUUUCCGUGAUUGCCCAUUCCGUUUCACACUUUUUUGGGUGCCACGCAGAACAUGUUGUGAACGGCUACACCAUUGAUGCCUCCUCCGUGACAAUUGAAAACAGCUCUGCCCGCAGCAACCACGUGGGGGUAUUUGUGCUAAAUAAGGCGAAAUGCAACAUCAUGAACGAAGAUGACCAUGUACUUUCGUUUGACGAACGUUGUCGCCUUUUACUGAAGUCACGCGAAAACGUGGAGCGGCAACGAAAAUUUUCUUUUGUGGAGACACACUUGGGCGAGGAAGAUGCGGAGACAAGCAGUUCUUUUUCGUCCGUUUCCAGCUGCCCCAUCGUUUUACAAAGGUCACCUGCAGCCGCAGUGGGCGACGAGGAAAAGAUGGAUCACCCCAAUGUUGGGAUCUCUGCUUUGGCUGACAUGAAUAGGAAAUUGUUCAUGUCUCACAUGUUUUCUGGAGAAACAGCAACGGCAAUCACAGCAAGUGCGUCAAUUUUCCCUCUUUCCUUUAGGGGUGGUCUGUUUAGUCUGGAGGUUCGAGACGCCUCGAUGGUGGCAAAGGGUUUGCUCCUUGUGGACGCACAAGAGACUUCCAUCUAUGUCUACGACCAGGGUGUUCUUACACUCACAGAUGUUAUUGUCUGGAAAACACUGGCAUCGCCACAGCAGCCAUGUGGAGUGAAGAUUGUGAACAGCCGAGCCAAUGUGCAGCGUUGUUUGGUGGCGGAUUAUUCUUUUGGCUUUGCAGCUAUUCAGGGAACCGUUGUUCGUUUUGAGGAGUGCAUGGCGGUGGGUGGGACGAAUGGAUUCACCGUAGACGAUGCUCAUUGCACCUUGCAUCACUGCGGUGCUAAUACGGAGCACGUUGGUGUUUUUGCUCUCAAUCGAUCCACACUGCGGAUGGACAACUUGAAUGCUCCCAAGUGUAAGGAAGGUUGGCUUUCUUGUGUUUUGAAAGGUCAUUUACAUGGACUGGAAAGCCGGUCAAGUGAUACAAUUUGCAUUGGGGUUACAGUACAGCGUAGUCUUGACAGUGGGUUUACAUGUUACAAUGGUGGGUGUCUUCGUCUUGAGAAGUGUACCGUGGACAUCAGUACUUCUGGUUCUACAGAAACCAACAUUGGUGACAUUUCUUGUCGUCAUUUUUCCCCUUCUGGGAGGGAUUGUUCGAAUCCCGCCUUCUCCUCGGGGGCUGCCGCUGCUGCUCUUGAUGGAAGUGAGGGAGGCUUGAAUCGAGCCAAAAUAGGAAAUACCACCAAGGCAAAUUCACCACACGAUGAAAUGCCUGGAACUUCUCUGGCGUAUAGCUCCCAAAAGAACUGUGGUGUGAAGGCCUGGUCAGGAAGUCGCUGUCUCGCUAUUGGAUGUGAGGUACGGCACGUGACUUUUGGGUACGCUGCGAUUGGUCCUGACACAGAAUUGGAGGCCUCCCAUUGCACAGCAAAACAUAUUGUAAAUGGCUUUACAGUUGAUAGCGCCAAGUGUCGAUUGUCACGGUGUAGCACCAAUAGCAAUCAUGUGGGCGUGUUUGUCCUCAGCCAUGGGACAUGCACAGUGCGCCGAGGCAGUUAUACAGCUCGCAUGUACAGUAUUGAGAAUCGCAAUGGUAUUGUUCACAUUGAAGGUCAUGUGAAGCUCAGUGGCUUUUCUCGAAUUGGACUGUACGUUUAUGAUGGCGCUAGGUUGGACACUUUGACAGAUAGCAUGCUGGACAUCAAGGUUCGUAAGGAUCAUGCGGGACAGCAGUUGCCACCAGAGCUAAACCUCACAGGACCCUCGGCAAGUCCUUCCGGGCUCUUUCCUUCAUGUUUUGCUAUUGAUAAGGGUAACGCCGUUAUUCACAAUGCCUUUUUUGGAGGUGGUGCUCAAUGUGCUGUGAGUUGUGGUGAUGGUGCGAACGUGUAUCUUCACCAAUGUACCGCGGAGUUUUGCAAUAUUGCCUUUAAUGCCCUUUCAGGAUCUCAAAUGUAUCUCUCAAACUGCUGCGCCCGAGAUGUUAGACAUUAUGCACUAAUUGUUCACCGUGGCGGAGUUUCACGGGUGAAUCGUCAAUCUCCUAUCCCAUCGGCAGGCGGCAUUCUUCAGGGAAGAAUACGGAUUGAAGGAAAGUGUUUUCUGGAGCACGUUAUUCUUCACCCUACGACAGAUGUGGACAGUGAACAAUUUGAAACAAUUCAACCGUCGUUGCCAUUACUAUCAUCAUCGUCAUCAUCCUCUGCACCUCUCUUACCCUAUGGGUCCGAGUUUUUUGUAGAAAAAACGCCUUUAAACCCUUCCUUGCCGAAGUCAAAUUUUCUCAUUUAUGUUACAUUGAAUGGGACGCUAGUGAUGGAUUGCUGUCUUGUUCUCCUUGAGGAGCAUCAUCGCGUUUUGGAAGAGGAUGGCGGUGGUGGAGAGAGUAUAGCAAAUUCUGUGAUUGUUGCGGAGGGUUGCAGGGCCACAGUGCAGUUGCGAAAUGUUCUUUUUCAGAGGUUAACUGCGGCUGGGACAGGUAGUCUGGGGAGUUUUGAAGGAUCUAUGAGUUCUCAUGGUAGCGUAUUGCUGCCUAGCAACACUCAUGGCAGCGAUAUUUCUCGUAAAAAGACAACUUGGUACGGUGUCGUUUUGCUGCAGGGCGCAAAAGGUGACAUACAUGGAUUUUCGGAGGCAGCACUUAUUAGCGGUAGUGCUUCAACUAUCCGUGGUGCAGCGGCGGAUAAUCCACUUGAAGCAUCUCAAGCGAGGACGCAUUUUUCUCCCAGAUCAUCUGUCGAAGGUGGUGAUGAUGCCAUUUCUCUUUUGGAAAACCACAAUGUCCCAACAGAAUAUGAGUUCCUUUAUCGAAGUUUAAAAAAAGGGCGGAGCGUUUUAUCGGUUGGUGAAAUUGUACCUCUGCGUGUGUACCUGACUCGGGCGUCCUCUUUGACCACAGAAAAUGUGAAUUUACGUAAACUUGUGGCUUCUGGAGGGUCAACUAUUGACGCUGUAUGUUGUUUUUUUGCUGGUGCUGACGCCGUGAUACUCAGUGGGGGUAGCACCUUUCGGGCCGUAGAGAGUCGGUUUGUGAGCGCAGUUUUUGGUCCGGCGAUGCGAGUGGAGAGUGCAACGGUCCACCUCAGGAAGUGUCGGGGCUAUUCCACACACAAGGAGGUGAUUGUGGCCAGGAGUGCAACUUUGACAUUUGUUGAGUCCCUACUUUUUCCACUGAAUUUGGUAAACAAUGAAACUAGUGGAACAUCUUUCUCUGCGGGUGAACGAUGGCUUGGGAUCUCGUCAAGAAAUGACGAGGAGUGUGAAAUAGGAAAGGGUGACGAGGUGUUGAUUCUCCCUCACAGGAGGCGUCGCGAUGGUGGUGGUGGUAAUGAAGGGGCCAUCGUACCAAAAAGUGCCAAACAAGGGGACACCAGUAUGCCAAAAACGGCCGUACCGACUUGCCUGGCUCUGGAAAACACUCCCAUCGAACGACGUGUGGCGGUGCCGUUGGGCGUUCCGCUGCUGUCCCAUGCCCGUGCUGAGGAAACACGGUCAGAUACGUUACCGCAAGAUGUAAAAUGCCUCCAGCCACACGAUGACGGUAUUGUGGAUCACGCUCCACUUGUCUUGGAGGGUGUCCAGAAUGAACUUUUUCGGGGGAAUUGUCCUACUGAAGAAGGGCCGAGGAGGCGACACAUCUCGACACGUGAAGCCGGUGUGCCCCCAUUGCAGUGUAAGAAAGGUUCUUGUGUUACAGAAGAAGCAUUGGAACUUGCCGAAUCAGAGACGGGAUCAUAUUUAGGGAGGAGACAACAUUUUGAUGUGCGGCUGGAGCAUUCAUAUCUAUAUUGUUGCGGUGCCACAAGGAUUGAGGGUGGCGUUACAGCUGAUGCCUUCAGUAGGAUAGAAGCCAGUCGGUCAACAUGGUUCUCGGGCCUUAUAAGUGCGGCAAGAAAGGUACUUGCCAGAGUGUAUGGAACGUGA